AUGUCUAUGAAUUUCUCAGAAUUUGAUUCAACCGACUCGGAACGUUCUAUGGACGAGUCGUUGGAUAAGGAACAACUUAAAAAGGCUUUACAAAGUGGAGAGGAAAGACUUCAACAAACCAAUCUCUUAUUGGAGAGAGCAAAGGAAACCAUCAAAUCAUUACAAAAUGGUGUCGGAACAUCACCAAUAAGAUCAGCAAGAAGAGGGUUAGAGGCUAGCUCCUUGACAAGCUCCUUUGCCGACUCUUCUGUGAGUGGGGAUAGUAGUAUGAGCGCAAUACAAAACCAAUUGAAUUUUAUUACAUCACAAAUGCAGAAUUUACCUCCAAAACAAAAUACUCAAUUCAUCAAGUUAAAGGAAAGAAAUACUCUAAUUGAGAAACAACUAAGCGAGCUCCAGGAAGAAUUCCAAAUUAAAAAUCAAGAUUAUGAGAGACUUGAAUUGGAAUACAGACAGCUCAAAACCAUGAUGGGAACCACCGAUUCUGAAAAUCAAAUUCUCAAGGAUAAUAUCAGAAGGCUUCAAGAUCAAGUCGCUGGCUAUCAAAAGACAGUGAAUGAUCUCUCCAAUGAAAAUAACUCCCUUUCUGAAAGAAUUGAUGAAUUGGAAGAAAAGGAAAGAAGCGAACUAAGUAGCAAACUAGGACAAGUAAAUCAAUUGAAAAAGGAAAUAGACAAACUCAAUGUGCUAAAACUUGAUUUGGAAAACAAAUUAACUUCACAACAAUCUGAUUUUGAACUCAAGUUCAAUACUGCUAAAAAAUCAUUUGAUAUUGAAAAAGUGGAACUAAAGUCUGACUAUGAUAAAAGACUCUCCAACAUCAAAGUAGAGAAUAGUAAUGUUAUCAAAAUGUUACAGGAUGAAAUUGAUGGACUCCAAGAAGAAAAGAAGCAAAUGAUUCAAAGCUUUAACUCUGAAAAGAUGGAACUGUCUCAGAAAUUCAAUGAAGAAAAGAAGCAAUUGCUAGAAAAACAAAAUGAAGAAAGAAAGCAAUUGUUUGAAAAAUCCUCUGUUGAUAAGCAUUCUGUCAACUCUGAAACACUUCAAGAUAGUGACGAAAAGAUUGUACAAUUCCUUCAAAAUGUUUUUGUUCCUUCCGAUAAACAUGAAGACAUGAUUGAAAGUUUAAAGAAGAAGCAUACCCAAAUGAAAAAGAUUCUUCAAAUGGAAUACUGGACCAAUGUAAGAAAACUGAGACUUAAACCAAAUAGUUCUGUCUCAAAGGUUCCAAAAGCAAAGAAGGCAUUCUCAAAUGCCAUUGAUAGAAUGGAUGUUCAUUUCAUGUCUCAAGUCUCAACUUUGACUAUGUCUGAAGAUACUAGAGAUUUCAAUGUUAAGGAUCUCGAAAAGAUGUACGAAGGAGAAGUUUCACGUGCUCGCUCAUUUGUGUCUACAAUUACAAGCGAUUCGAACGAUCGUCUCCUCACUCAACAAGAAUUUGCCAUCGAAUCAACCAAGGAAUAUGUACAAGAACAAGAAAGACAACUUUCCUCCCUCUCAGAUGCCGUUAGGCGUAUUGAUUUACAGAGCGAUAAGCAAAAUGAAAAGAACUUACUCAAGCAAUGCCUCCUCCAAAUCGAAUCUCUCUACAAGGAAGAUAAGAAUACCAUUAGAUCAAAGAUGUUCAAGGCUAUUAAUGAGUCAAAUAAUAGCUCCGGUGAUGUUUCCAAAUUGGCUGAAUUGGUUUUUAUGAGAGAAGAGCAAUUGUCCAAGUUUUUGGAUAUUCAAUCUUCACUGCUCUCAACAUCCCUCUCCAACUUGAUGAAUUCAAGAGAAGAAAAGAUUCUUGAAAAGUUACAAGCUAGAUUGAAAGAUUUCUGCAAAGUUGUUGGUCAAUCUGAUGAAAUACCAAAAUCAGAAAACGACUUGAUGAAGAAAUUGAAAGAAUUGGUUGAUACAACAGAAUCUAGAAUUAAAUCUCUGGAGGGAGAACUCAAAUCCAAGAAGAUUCAUGCCUCCAGACAAGUUAAUGAUCAACUUCCAAUGUCAAUUCAAAGAUGGAUGAAUGGAGAUGAUGAUUCAGAGAGUGAUGGAGAUCUUACUCCAAGAAAGAGAGGAUCAAGAGGUGUAGAUGUUGCCAGUCCAAUCAAGCCUUCGAAGAAUAGUGAUGAUAAUUGGACACCUCAUCCACUUCGCCACAAGACUGUUGGCUUUGAUGAUCCAAACUUUUACUUUGUUUCCAAUAAUGAUGAAAGAAUUUCUCUCGAUAUCGAUGAUAAGGAAGAACGGUUUAUCAGCUCUCCUCUAGCCAAGAAACUCGAAACUAGAUACAAGGCAAUUUUGACAGCUCUCAGAGAUGACAUUUUGAGAGUCAAGAGCAUUAGUGAUGUAAUACCUAAGGUUAGAAGCAUUCUCGAACACAAUGCUCAAAUGUACUCUUUCAUCUUUUCACUCAUCAAUGUUACAAAUUAUAGUGGCGAUAAGAAGUUUGGCUAUUUCUUGCUCGAUGGAGAAAAGGUAAUUGAUUUGGAUGGACUCUAUUUGGAUAUCAUAUGGUACAGAAGAUUAUAUGAAAAGUUAAAGAAGGAAUUGGUCACGGCAGAAGAGACUGAACAAAGCCCUCUCUACUUUAAGAUGAAGGCUGCCAUUGUUGAAUUGAAAAAACAAACUAAGGUAUUUGGUAACAAUCAUGAAGCCAACGAAGAACGUGAAGUAAUUUCAAAACUGAAAAGGACACUUAAUGUUCAAUUUACCCACCAAAUUGUGGAAGAAUGUGAAACCAUUGUUUCUCAAUUGGAGAAAUAUGUACGAAUCUUCCCAAAGUUCCAAAGUCUCAUCAACGAGCUUUGCAUUGGCUUGAAUGUUAAACGAAUUGAGGAUGUCAUUCCUUCUGUAAAGAGAUUGGUCAAAAUGUCCAAGAAUGUCAACUUACUUUUGUAA